AUGUCUGCCCCUAUCAAGACAACGUCUUCUAAGAUUGACGCAGCGCCUACUCCACAUAACACUCCAGCGAGUGUCUUGAGCAAUAGCUACUUGAAGAAUGGGAACCCUGUGGGCAAGAUUCCCCAGACUAUCAACGAAGAGGAUAUUAACUCUGCUUUGGCUAACAAUCCUCAGCUUUUAGCUUCUAUCGAAGAAAAGCUAGGGACGCUAGUUGGCCAAGAUAGCGGGUAUAUUUCUUCUCUUCCUCAGGCAGUAAGAGACCGCAUCUUUGCAUUGAAGAAGCUACAGAAAGAUCUGUUUGAACUGGAAAAAGAUUUCCAACUGGAGAUGUUUGAGUUGGAAGAGAAGUACUUACAAAAGUACGCUCCUCUACAUGAGCGUCGUUACGAAAUUGUUUCUGGGAAAGGAGAACCCACCGCUAACGAGAUUGAGAUUGGUAAGCAGGCCGAACAAGAAUUGGAGCCCGUUAUAGAAGAACCUGAGGACCAAGAAGAGGUUAGUGGUAUUCCCUCUUUCUGGUUGACUGCGUUUGAGAACUUGCCCAUGGUUUCCCAAACUGUCACAGAUCGUGACGCUGAGGUAUUGGACUUCUUGACAAACGUCAGCCUAGAGUACCUAACUGAGGGAAAGCCGGGCUUUAGACUAGUGUUUGAGUUUGAUCCAGAAAAUCCUUUCUUCUCUAACAAAAAGUUGGUCAAGACUUAUUACUAUCAAUCGGAGCUGGGUUAUUCCGGAGAUUUCAUCUACGACCAUGCCGAAGGAUGCACUAUUGAAUGGACUGACGAUGAGUCAAAGGUUACUGUUUCUGUUGAGAAAAGGAAGCAGCGUAAUAAGACUACAAAACAGGUGCGUACUAUCGAGAAGAUCACUCCGGUUGAAUCCUUCUUCAAUUUUUUUGACCCACCAAAGGUGCCAUCGCCAGAAGACAAGGAAGAAAACGACGAAGAAGAUGAGGAGUCCGAUGAAGUUGCUGAACUUGAGAGUAGAUUAGCCCUUGACUACGCCAUCGGUGAAGAGAUCAAGGAUAAAUUAAUUCCAAGAGCCGUCGACUGGUUCACCGGUGCUGCAAUGGAGUUUGAGUACGAAGGAGAGGAAGAUGUUGAUGAUGAAGAUUUUGACGCUGAAUUUGAUGAAGAUGAAGACGAUGAUGACGAUGAUGAUGAGUCGGAAGAUGCUUCUGAAGAAGACGACUUCGCCACGAAUCCGCAGAGCAAAGAGCAGCCUCCGGAAUGUAAGCAGUCGUGA